AUGUGCAAUAAGACGGGGUGUCAUCAAACGACUCAUGAAAAUGUGAUUUCGGAAAACGGUUCAUAUAAAUAUUCUCAUCAUUAUUAUUACUCACGAACAAUACGUCACAAUCAGACGUAUCCAGUUGUUAGUGACGGUUUUAAAAACUUUAGUACCACUCAGAAUGUUACACCGAAAUUUUCGUUUAAAUAUUACGGUAAUAACGUCACUAGACUUAAGAUUUUUCGUGAUGGCAAAAUAAAAAUAUUCGGAGAAGAAUACAUCGGAACGAUAAGUAAUACUGUUUUAGGCAAUUUUUAUCCUGAAUAUGAGAUGGUAGAUAACAAUGAUUUCAUUGCUGUCAAAUGGUAUUAUGAGAUAUUGGUUGACGGUACAAGUAUUAUAGCCAAGGUAACUACUCUGAUAUAUUCCAAUGGGAAGAUAUCCUUCUAUUAUGAGAACAUCCCCACGGGACUCAAGCAAAGUCCACUGAGCUCUAAGAUUGUAGGUGUAAUUCAGUGUGGAAAAAGGUUGAGAGAUAUGAGAAUACCUGAAAUAAUAACUCCUGGAGAAUGGAUGACAAGUGACACGUCAGUGAGAUUUAAACUUAUUAAGAUAAGUUGUUCAAUAUACAAUUCCUUUGAAAAAUGCCAAAAUGCGAGAACAUCAAGUGUGAAAUGUAUCUGGCAUGAAAAAACUAAUAUGUGCAUUAACAGCGAUGAUAAUGAUGUUAAAAGCACCACUUCAGAAAUAAAUGGACACAGUAAACAUAAUAACACACCUCGUUACUUGUAUAUCUUAAAUAAAAUUUAUCUGUUUCGAUUAAUGGUGGAUUUUAGUGGGUUAAAUCGUGGUCAUGAUUUUUGUAUGUAUACUAAUCGUGAUGAUACUAAACGAGCUGUAAAUGAAUUAAAUUGUUAUGAAAUUCGUAAAGGUAAAAUAUUAAGCGUUUGUUUCAGUAUUGAUAAUUGUCAUUUAUUCAUCGGUGUUAUACCUAAAUUGAAAGCAAAAGAUGAAUUAAUGUUGUAA